CUGUCUGUGAAAGUGCUUGUUACACACUCAAGAUAUCAUCUCCAUUAUGUCGUCUACAACUACAACUACUACUACAACUACAUCUAGGGCUGUUGACGCCAGCACGCUUUCUAUCCUCUCCGACUACGAGAUCCACCACACCGGCUCAGAGACCCAGCCUCAGCCCCGGGUUCCUCGUGAUGCUGUCCCUGUAUCCCAGCCUGUGGACUGGCCUUCGCACUAUAGACGUAUCCCUUCAUAUCGACCUGUGAAUCGGAACUUGAGCUACGAAGAGCGAUCGGCUGGGACGAGUCCCGUGGAGUAUAUGUUUAUCCAAACCAUGUUGCAUGGGGUGUGGUUGAAUGCGUCUGUUGCGCGUCUCUGGCGCUUUACUGGGGGAAGGAUUAACGAUAAGAUCUUCCAUUAUGAAGUUGGAGGAGAGUGGUGA